CGCCGACGACUUAGUGGAAACCACUGAACAAGUACAGUUUCACACAAAUUCCUUCGAAACUUCCUCUCCUCUACAAGCCUUUCGCUUCUAUAUAAGGGACUUGUUGUUUCCUCAACCACUGUUAUACUUUCAUUCAAACUCUCUUAUCUCUCUCAUGGCGGCUGCUUCUUCUUCUUCUCGCGUUAAGAAAUCCCAUGUCUUUCCGAGCUUUCACGGACCAGAUGUCCGUAGAGGCUUCCUCAGUCACUUACACAAAUACUUUACAACCAACAAGAUCACGGCGUUCAAGGAUCAGGAGAUGGAGAGAGGGAACACGAUCGGACCUAUGCUCGUACAAGCCAUUAGAGAAGCGACAGUGUCGAUCGUGGUGCUCUCGACGAACUACGCUUCCUCGAGCUGGUGCUUAGAUGAGUUGGUUGAAAUCUUGAAGUGCAAAGAAGUUUCAGGGCAGAUCGUGAUGCCGGUUUUUUACGAAGUUGAUCCUUCUGAUGUUCGGAAACAGAGGGGAGAUGUCGGGAUCGCAUUCGAGAAAAGCUGCCAAGGGAGAACAGAGGAAGAAAAGCAGAGAUGGAGCAGAGCUCUGGCGGAUGUAGCAACCAUAGCAGGAGAACACUCUAUUAACUGGACUGAUGAAGCAGCGAUGCUCGAAAAGCUUUCCAGAGAUGUCUCGAACAAACUGAAAGUGGAAUUGCUCAAGGAACAAUUUAGGAGUCUCGAUGUAGACCAGACUGGUUUCAUAUCUGUACCAGAGCUUCGAUAUGCGAUGGAAUCUAUUGGGGAGAAAAUAACCGGUGAUGAAGUUAAAGAAAUGAUCCGAGAAGUUGAUCUUGAUGGCGAUGGUCGCCUCAACUAUGAUGAAUUCGCCAAGGUCAUGAUGGCUAAAGAUGGGAGCCAAAUAACCGAUGAUGAAGUUAAAAGUGCCAUCCAAGGAGGUGAUGUUGAUGGCGAUGGUCGGCUCAACUAUGAUGAAUUCGUCAAAGUAAUGAUUAAGUGA